GGCAGCGAGUAAGAGAGAGAGUUGCGCCUAGCCAGACCCAGUGAAGAGCGUGUGUGUGCAAACUGGGAUGAGUAAAUGCACCAGGCGGCUUAGCUGUUGAUACAGCCAGGGAGAGAGCGAGAGAGUGUGUGUGUGUGCACGAAAGCGAGAGCGUGCGAGAGAGAGAGAGAGAGAGAGAGAGUGUGAGAGAAGAAGUGAAAGGGAGGAAAAAGGGAAGAAAGAAGCAGAGAAGAAAAAGGGAGGAUACUACAACUACAACUAUGCUGUGCUGCAUAAGAAGAACCAAACCGGUGGAGAAGAAUGAGGAUGCAGACCAGAAGAUUGAACAAGAUGGCACCACCAACAAACCCGAGGACAAGGCCCACAAGGCUGCCACCAAAAUACAGGCUAGCUUCCGUGGACACAUAACUCGGAAAAAGAUGAAAGACGGAGAGGAAGAGAAGGAGGGCGACAGUCCUGCUGAUGGAGAGGAGGCCACAGAGGGAGGAGAGGAGACAAAGAAAGUGGAAGGAGAGGAGGAACCUGCCAAGCAGGAAGAUGCUGCGGGAGAGGAGGCCAAGAAUGAGGAGGAGGAGACAAACCAAGUCAAAAGCCCAGCUGCAGACAAGCCAGCUAACUCUCCGGCAGCUGCCUCUCCUGCAGGAGCAGCGACGUCUCCUGUAACGGCAGCCCCGGCUGCUGCCUCUCCCACGGUGGCCACAGCUCCCUCCGAACCUAAGAAAGAGGAGUCAAAGGUGGAGGAGAAGCCCAAAGAGGUGGAGGUGGCAGCGGCUAAGAGUCCCACCACAGCCACAGCUGAGGAGAAGAAAGUGGAGGAGAAGAGCGAAGAGAAGAAGGAGGAGGCCAGACAAGCCGACGUGCCUGCUGCUGUCAGUCCGACAGCUGAGAAGGAGGAGCCUAACCAAACAAAAGAUAAACAAGAUGCUGCAGAGGAGUCAAAAGUAGAGGAGGCAGCCCCGGGAGAUGGGGCAGAAGACGCUGCAGAGUCCAAGGAUGACUAAGGCAAAGUCUAACCCCACGAAAGCAGAAUUUAAAGUAUGAAGAAUAAUACAAAAACAAAAAUCUAAAAAGGUUGCUCUUUUUGCCUUCCCAAUGCGAAGGCAGUCCGUUUCUAUUUGUUUGUCAUUUUUUGUGUGGCAAUGAUUUUCUCAUGUUGGGGGGAGUUUCCAGCGUGAAGUUUUUUGGCUCAAGCUAAUAUGAUGAGGAAAUGAUGUUGAUGUUAAUGAUGUUGAUUAUGAAAAAUGAUUGUUAUCCUGAUGAUGAUGAGGUGGAAGACUUCUUUUCGUACAACUUCGCUAUAUGAUGUAUUUAAAAACAUCAACUGGACCGACUGUUCCCAACUGGAUUUUCACACAUUGAAAAUGCAUUGCCAAUGCAUCGUACCUAAUUUGCAUUGCAAUGUACUUCCUCUGAACCCAUGUCGCAAAUAAAAUCUGUUCUGCAAAUGCACGCACAAAAAACAAACAGGAUUUAAAAUGCAACUCUAGUUUUCAACACAGUACAAGUGUGUUGAGAACACAGCAAAUAAAUAAUGCACUGACACAUCUAAUGGAUGAUAGAAUGUAUACUUAAUGUGUGAUAUUUCCAGUUGGGCAGUUUUAUCCUGAAUCCCAAAAAUUUAACAUGUAGGACAAUACUUUUACUCCUUUUAUUCUUCUUGAGUCAUUCAAGCUUGGUUUACACCCCUUUUACAAACUCUGUCUACUCACAUUUACAGUAACGGACCUGUUGCCAUUGAAAUCAUAUAAUAAACUAUAGAAAUCAACUAUAGUAUUGAACUAACUGGCUCUUGCAUAUAACAAUUUGUGUUCUGCCAAGCAAAAGUGAGAACAGUAGCAUGAACCAUCGAACCAGAUGCAUGAUGGGAACUCUCCCUCUGAGAGGAACUUCUUCGCAGUCACAAAAAUUUAAGAGGUGUGGCGGCUUCUUUUUGAUGUCUUUGGUGUUGUUAUGACAGUUUAUAUGAAUUGGAAAAAAAUUACUCUUGCACUGAUGUUACGAAAAAGAAUAAAAAGAAAAAAAAAAAAAAAAAA